AUGGCUCGCUACCAGCUGAGGCGGCCGUCGCCAGUCUCCAUCUUCCCCAGGCACUCGAGACGUCAAAAUGGUGCUGUGACUACUAUGCCCCUUCCGACGGGGCAGGAAGAGGAGGAUGAAGGACCAGAGAGCCCAGACUCGCCAUUCAGCAGCCCUUCAACAGUUGGCGGCGGGUCAUCCUCAAGUGAAGAUUCAGAAUCCGACGAUGAUGAAGAGCCACCCUCGCCGAUGCAAUCCGGUGCACCAUCCCGACCUGUCCAAACUCUCGGUCCUGAUCCGACCAUGCCACCUGCCAUACCACCCGCUAUGCCACCCGCCAUGCCACCCGCCAUGCCACCCGCUAUGCCACCCGCUAUGCCAACCGCCAUAUCGAGUACCGCGACAGAUGUGCCCGCUUUACAAGUCACCACAGAAGCAGCUCCAUCAUGGAGCACAACUCUAUCAUGGAGCACCGGCACCACACUAGAAACGAUGGCUCUUCCUUCCACAACAUCUGUCCCCGGAGACAGGAUACAAACCGACAGACAAAAGCAAGCCUCACCGACAGUUUCCGUGUCUCUUCCUCCACCUCCGCCUCCGCCUCUAUCAACUGCAGAAAUGGAUUUGGCUGGUGAAACUGGCGCUGCGGAAAGGCUGCCAGAAGAACAGACACCCAUAAUGACAAAGCAAGCCAUGGUAGCAGCAAUCGUCCUGGGUGUACUUGGUGCCCUGGCCCUUCUCGUUGCCGCCAUCGUCUUCAUCAAGCGCCGCAAAGACAAGCAAUAUACCCGCCAUGUGUCCAUGCAAGACGAUUCUUUCAAUUCAUCCAUGGCACAGGCUCUGCGAGCUCCGGAGAGCGCGCACACAGGCACUGCAUCCUCAAUCUUCGCGCGUCUACAAGGGGCCAGUAACGGCGGAGGAGAAGGCCAUUUGACCCGCUCAACGGACCGCAGCAACACUCUGUUUGGCCCUGGUGAAUAUUCGCGUCCAGAAACAGUUUCCACAGACCGUAGCCGCUCGCGCAUGGAGCCUCCGACGCCUAACCCUUUUGCCGAUCCUCAGCGCAACAAGGCAUAUGACAUGCUUCACAACAGGCCAAGGAGCACAACGCUUACGGAUCGAGGCAGCUGGAGAGAGAACCCCUUCAAAAACCCAGAGAGUGAUCGAUUUGAUCCAUUUGGCGAGCUCAAGGAGAAGGCCCGUAGGGAAAGGCUGCGAUAUCUGGAAGAGGUUAAACGGGAGGCGGAGCUGCAAAGGCAAUUGCAACAGAAAGAAGCCAUGGGGCUGCGACCAGAUGAUAUGCCAUGGGGCCACGACAAUGGAUACAGAUGA